AAAUCCCAUCUCAACGACGACCAACUCGAUCUCUGGGAGCUACGAAGAUAUUUGCGCAUACAAAUAGAAGGAACCGAAGACCAACCGUCACGAUGGCUACCUCACAGAAGCGCAUCACCAAAGAACUCUCCGAAUGCGUCAACAACCCACCAACCGGCAUAACAAUCAGCGCCUCAGAAACGGACCUGCACAGCUGGACAGCAACCCUGAUCGGGCCCCCCGGCACAGUCUACGCAGGCGGAAUCUUCACGCUCUCCAUCGUCUUACCAACAGACUACCCGUUCAAGGCGCCGCAGGUAACCUUCGCGACGCGCAUCUACCACCCGAACGUGACGAACGACAGCGCGGGCGCGAUCUGCCUCGGCAUGCUGAAGCCCGAGAACUGGAAGCCCGCGUCCAAGAUCCACGCCGUCCUCGACGCCGUCCGCCAGCUGCUCGUCGAGCCCAACCCCGACGACCCCCUCGAGCCCCGCAUCGCUGACGAGUUCAAGAACGCGCCCCGCGAGUUCGAGAAGACCGCCCGCUCCUACGUCGCCAGGUACGCCGCCGUCUCGAAGAAGUAGUCAGUCCCCGCCGGUUUGGUUGGGGCUGGGAAAGGGAAAAGGUUUGAAGAUGAUGAACGGAGGGAGGUGAUGGGGAUAGAUACCCUUCAUCUAUCUAACAUCUCUCACUGGGUACUAGAAGAGUGCACAAGUUUAUCCUUUAGAUCGUGUGAACGCAAUUACUGUGUCGAUGACUGGUUAUGUUCCGAAGAGAAGAUUGGUCGUGGCGCAUAUCAAGAACCAGUCACCAAAAUGCGUAACAAGCUGAUAUCUGGGAAGGAGAGAUUUCCAAGGGCAU